AUGUUAUCAAAUACAUCAAGAGGGCAGUAAUAAAAUCAAUUUUCAAAAACAUAAACUCAAACUUUAAUACCACUUUCUGAAAUCAAUCAUAUAAGAGGAAAACUAAAGGGUGGAAAUUAGGCUACAGAAGAACGAUAACUGGAUAAAAUGAGAAUGUAUAACUUGUUUUCAUUUUUAGGAAGGCAAAUUCUGAAGAAAGGAUGAAACGUUGGCCAACGACUAUUGCUGCUUAUAAAUAAAAGAGAGAUCAGCAUAGAUUUGAAAAAUUUGCAGCAGCAGAAGAAGAGAGAAGAUAAAUUGAUAUUGUAGAGGAGAUUUAUUAAAAGGAACAGAAGAAAAUUACUUUAGAAAAAGCUAAUAAAUAAAUUUAUGAAGAUGGUGAUAGGGUAAAAGCAUUUCAUGGGAAAAUGCUUUUUUCAGAUGUAUUAUAAGAGAGAGAUGAAUAAAUUGUAAUGGAGAAAUAUAAGAAAGAACUUCUGAAAUAAUAAGAAGAGAUCUAUUAAUAAAUAUUAGAAGAAUAAUUAGAUGAAUAUGAUUAAAAGUAAAUUGUAAAAUAGAAAUUGUAAUAAUAAAAGAAAAAAGAAUAAAAGGAUAUGCUACAUAAGUAUUAUAAUAUAUAUUUAGAUAACAUGAAGAAAUGAAAGAGAAACAUCUUACAAAAUUAAAAGAAGAAAGAAUUGAAGGAGAAUUAAUUAAAUAAAAGGUUAAAGAUGCUUUAGAAGAAGAAUAAAAGAUAUAAAGAUUAAAAUAAUAAAAGAUAUUAGAAAAUUAGAGAUUAGUAUAAUUGGCAAAUGAUUAAUUAAAAGAUUUUAAGGUUCAAUAGAAAAUAAAAGAGAAAGAAGAAGAUGAAAAGAUAAGAUUACAUGCAGAGAAGAAAUAAAGAAUAGCUGAAAUGAGAAAAGUAAGGGAAGACUUAAAAUUUCAUGAAAAAUAAGAAUAAAGAUAAAAAUUGAUUGAUAGAUAAAUUUAAUAGUUAGAGAUAUUAAAGAAAGCUUAGGAAGAACAUUUGAAUAAAUAAAUUAUUGAAGCUUAAGUUAAAGCAGAAGAAGUAGAAAAAAUAAAAAAGUAGAAGAGAGAAUAAAUGUUUAGAGCAAUAGAUUAUAGUAGAAAGAUUAAAGAUGAAGUAAAAGAAACAGAAUCUAAAUGUAUUUAAUAUUAUUUAUUAUUAAGCUGUUGAUUAUCAUAAAAAAGAAUUUUAAACAUAUUGGGAAAAAAGAGGAAAAGAAUUAGAAGGAAUAGAAAGAGCAGAGACUACUGCAUAAAGAGAGAGAAGAGUUUAAAAUGCAAGAUUCUAAUAAAAUUAGAUUGAUGAAAAACAAGUAAUUAUUAUAAUUAUAAUCUAUAAUAGGCUUUAAGAGAAAAAGAUUAUAUUGAAUAAUUAGAUUAAUAAGAAGAGAAAUAAAGAAAAAUAGAGAAAGAGGAUGAAAUUUUCAUGAUGUGGGCAAGUUAAAAGAUUUAAGAGCAUUAGAAAGAAGGAAAGAAUAUUUUGCCAUUAAUAAAAGAACUAAAGAAUUUAAGCAAAGUCCCAUGA